UGAGCUGCUGGCUGCUGUGUGAUGCCUCUGCCUCAUUUUCUCUCUGACUACCUGACGCAGCUGAAGCAGCGAGAGUGUGGAACUGCAAACCCGCCGCCAGCAUCCAGCACCAUGGAGGCGGCCACAGCACCAAAGCCAUGGACAGCCUAUAUACUCGGACACAGCUCACUAUUUCCUAUGUUAAUCUUCAUUAUAAGCCAAUGCUGUCGGAUAAGAGCAGAUGACGGCGGCAUGGAGGAACUUGCCACGGAGAAAGAGGCAGAGGAAAGUCACAGGCAGGACAGCGUGAAUUUACUCACAUUCAUUUUGCUUUUGACACUCACCAUCCUCACGAUAUGGCUCUUCAAACACAGAAGAGUGCGUUUCCUGCACGAAACCGGGCUGGCGAUGAUAUACGGUCUGUUGGUGGGUGUUAUUUUGCGGUAUGGCAUCCCCUCCACCAGCUACCAUAACAAAACUCCUCCAAGCUGCUCUCUGAAGCAGGGCCCUGUCAGCACGCUGCUCCUCAACGUUAGCGGAAAGUUUUUCGAGUACGCACUCAAGGGGGAGAUCAACUCCAGAGAGAUCCAUAAUGUGGAGCAGAAUGAUAUGCUGCGCAAGUUGACCUUUGACCCAGAGGUGUUCUUUAACAUUCUGCUACCUCCCAUCAUAUUUCACGGUGGAUACAGCCUCAAGAAGAGACAUUUCUUUAGAAACCUGGGAUCUAUUAUAACUUAUGCUUUCCUGGGCACUGCCAUUUCCUGUUUUGUCAUUGGAAACCUCAUGUAUGGUGUGGUGAAACUGAUGCAGGUUUUGGGUCAACUUACUGACAAGUUUUACUACACAGACUGCCUCUUCUUCGGUGCCAUCAUAUCUGCCACAGAUCCAGUCACUGUGCUUGCAAUCUUUAAUGAGCUUAAUGCCGACGGUGAUCUCUAUGCACUGCUGUUUGGAGAGAGUGUCAUGAACGACGCGGUCUCCAUCGUCCUCUCGUCGUCGAUUGUGGCGUAUCAGCCUACAGGAGCCAACACACACACGUUUGAUGCCUCGGCUUUCUUCAAAUCAGUGGGGAUCUUUCUUGGCAUCUUCAGUGGCUCUUUUGCUAUGGGAGCUGUUACUGGAGUGGUCACUGCCCUCGUGACAAAAUUCACCAAGCUGCACUGUUUUCCUCUGCUGGAGACGGCUCUGUUCUUUCUCAUGUCCUGGAGUACUUUUCUCCUGGCUGAAGCUUGUGGAUUUACAGGUGUUGUGGCCGUGAUGUUUUGUGGAAUCACACAGGCACACUAUACUUACAACAAUCUCUCCGAAGAAUCCACCAAACGCACCAAACAGUUGUUUGAGGUCCUGCACUUCCUGGCGGAGAACUUCAUCUUCUCGUACAUGGGUCUGGCACUCUUCACCUUUCAGAAUCACGUCUUCAGUCCUAUUUUCAUAGUCGGGGCAUUUCUAGCCAUCUUUAUAGGUCGGGCGUUAAACAUCUAUCCCCUGUCCUUCCUGAUAAACCUGGGCCGAAGGCACAAAAUCCGUGGAAACUUUCAACACAUGAUGAUGUUUGCAGGGCUCAGAGGGGCGAUGGCGUUCGCGCUGGCGAUCCGUGACACCGCCACAUAUGCCCGGCAGAUGAUGUUCACCACGACCCUGCUCAUCGUCUUCUUCACAGUGUGGGUGUUCGGUGGAGGCACCACGCCGAUGCUUUCCUGGCUGCAUAUUAGAGUCGGCGUGGACCCAGAUCAGGAUCUUCAGCCAUGUGGAGACAGUUUCCAGGUCCUGCAGGGAGACGGAAGCCAGUCAGAAGGGCAGAGCAAGACGAAGCAGGAGAGCGCCUGGCUCUUUAGACUUUGGUACACUUUUGACCACAAUUACCUGAAACCCAUCCUGACUCACAGCGGCCCUCCUCUGACCUCCACUCUUCCAGCCUGCUGUGGUCCGCUGGCUCGCUGUCUGACCAGUCCUCAGGCCUAUGAGAGCCACGAGCAGCUGCGAGACACCGACUCGGACAUCAUCCUGAACGAAGGCGACCUGACGCUGACGUACGGCGACACGGCCAUCACCGCCAACGGAGCCUCGUCUUCAUCCGGCCCCGAGGGAUCGGCGGGGAGCUGGGGCGUCAAUGGCAAACGCAGCGACAGCACGUCGGAGGACGCUCUCGAGCGAGAACUGGAUGCGCGCGAACACGAGUUCCUGAGCCGCGGCACGCGUCUCGUCUUCCCCAUCGAGGACAACGCUUGACCCCGCCCCCACUCACAUACCACGCCUUUCCACAUGCGCUCCAUACCUUCACUUUUUGUUCAUCGGAACCCCCCUCGACGCCUACAGUGAUACAUGAAGGGGGAUGACAAUG